CAUAGCCUCAGCUCAACGUCAAACCUGGACUCCUUCCACUCUUCUCCCGACGACGCCCCUGAGUUGAGACUUUCUUUGACCACCCCAACUAAGCCUCUGCUUGUCUUCUAUUUCCUUUUGUAUUUUCCUUCUUUUUGCUAGCAUCAAUCAUUAUUUCCAGCCAUGUAUUCCAAUACCUUUUACGGCGGUAAUAGCACCCGCCCGGGCCAGCCUCCGUUUGGCCAGCAGACAUCCCUACCUCCGCAGCAACAACAGCAGCAACAGCAACAACCGCAACAGCAGCCUUUCCCCGUCUUCUCUCAACCUCAGCAACAAAAUCUUCAACCGGGCGCGUUUAUGCCCCAACCUACCAGCUUUGCCGGCAGCAACCAGAUGCAGCAAACGCAGAUGCCAGUGCAGCAACCGCAACCUACCGGCUUCCCAUCUCAGCCUCAGUUCACUGGCUUCCCUCCUCAAAAUCAACAACCUCCUAGUACGGCGACGACGACGACGACGACGACGACUCAACAGCCCCAGUUGUCAGUGCCCGCACCUUCAUCCGUGGCCCCGCACCAAACGGGCAUGACCUCGACGCAGAUUGCGCAGUCCUUUGCGCAGUCAACAUCUCCGACCGCACCGGCGCAACCACAUGUGUCCACAGGCUCCAAGAUCCCGACUAUGCGCCUGUCUUUUAUCACUGCGCAGGACCAGGCGAAGUUUGAGCAGCUUUUCAAAUCUGCCGUGGGGAAUAAUCAGGCGUUGGAUGGAGAGACGGCGAAGGAUCUACUUAUGCGCUCCAAGCUGUCUGGAAGCGAUCUGUCGAAGAUUUGGGUGCUUUCCGAUACCACGAAAUCAGGCCGCCUUCUCUUCCCCGAGUUUGCUCUAGCGAUGUACCUCUGCAACCUAAAGCUAACAGGCAAGGAACUUCCAUCCACUCUUCCCGAGCGCAUUUCGAACGAAGUCUCCAGUAUGGUCGAUAUCAUAUCCUUUGCUGUUCCAGAUGAUCGACCGGCUCCUCCUCAAACGACGAAUGUACCCAAGUUUGCGGCCCCGCUGAUGCAAAACGCAUCUGCGCCGCCCCCACCACAACAGCCCCAGCCACAACAAGCCUCCAAUACCCAACUUCUCUCCCAGCUGACCUCCCAACCAACCGGAUUCUAUAACCAGGCCACCGGCCUUCAACCUACGAUUGUGCAACCGCAGCAGACUGGAUUUCCAGGGCAGAAUACUGGUCUCCGUCCCCAGCAAAUUGGGUUUAUGAGUAACCCUCAACCAACCGGUUAUACUGGACCACGACCGCCCAUGCCCCCUAUGCCUACGGGAUUUGGUUCGAACCUUUCACCCUCACAGACCGGGCUUGCUCCCCUAAAUGCGCAGCCAACUGGAGCUCCUGGCCAAUGGGGUUUUGUCAAUGCACCCGCAACUGGAUUGCCCAACAUCGAAGCAUUGCAGCAACGGUUGAUGCCUCAACCGGGACGGGAAGGUGGGUUCACGACUCAAGGUUUGGCUGGGAACGCGACAAUCCCGUGGGCUGUAACCAAGGAUGAGAAGAAGAUCUACGAUCAGCUCUUUAAAGCAUGGGAUGGUUUCAAUAAAGGGUUCAUUGGAGGCGAUGUCGCGAUAGAAAUCAUGGGUCAGAGUGGGCUGGAACGUCAGGAUCUUGAGCGCAUAUGGACAUUGUCUGACCCGAACAAUCGGGGAAGACUGAACAUGGAUGAAUUUGCCGUGGCAAUGCAUUUAAUAUACCGAAAACUCAACGGAUAUCCGGUACCAAAUAGACUCCCGCCAGAACUCAUCCCCCCGUCAACGAGGAACUUCAACGACUCGAUUGGAACUGUGAAGUCGCUGCUGUCUCAGGAUGCGGAAUCUCGCAAAUCUUCCGGCGCAUUCCUACAACCUCAACAGACUGGAGUUAGUUAUUUGAAAAACCAUUCUUUCCGUGGCGGAUCAACCACGCCAGGCAUUGGGAGGAAAGACGCAACUGUAUUCAAAAACAAUGAUGACGCUAUAGGAUACAGGUCAAGCGCCCGCCGUCGUGCUGGUGGUGGGGGAACUCCAUCUCCCACCCCAUCCCCUACACCAGAACGUUCUUACAACGACGCCUCAGUCGAGCAAUUGAAGAAGAAAAUCCGGGAAGCUAAGAUCAUGCUGGAUGCUACUGACUUCCAGGACCAGAAUCGCGCGGAAGAAGAGGAGACGCUUAACCGCCGGGAUCGCCGGGAGGCUGAGUCGCUCAUGGAGAGGAUCCGGCGCGUUCAAGAUGAGAUCGAUACCGACCCCAAGGCUGCGUUCCGUAAUACAGACUCCGGAGCUGAACGCCGUGCCCUGCGAAGACAGCUGCAGUCGUACCAGGAUCAGCUUCCCGAAUUAGCUUCAAAUGUUCGGAAAGUUGAGCGGAGCAUUUCUGAUGCUAAGCUUGAGCUGUUCCGUCUCAAGGAUGCAAAGGCUCAUCCUAGCGCUGCCGCCGCUAUUGUUGGAACUGGCCCUGGUGGCACUGUCACAGAAUCCGACCGCAUCAAAGCGCGAGCUCGUGCCAGAAUGCAGGCCAGGGCUGCUGAGCUAGCUGGGAGGCCGCCACCGCCUACCGACGAUGAUGGAGCUGCCGCACGGCGACUCGAAGUGGAGGCUGCGAACAUUAAGGCUGAGCGGGAACGGAAUGACGCUAUGACCAGGGAUGUGGAAGAGAGUGUUAAAGAGUUUACGCGGAGCCUUGAGGAUAGUCUUAAGGAUGUUGAUGAGGAUUCUACGCGUGAGCAUGAGAGGAGGCGGUGGGAAGAAGCCCUGGGUGUUGAGGAUACGAUCAGAGAUUUCAUAUAUGAUCUUCAGCGGGGGAGUAGGACUGCGAAGGUUCGGAAGGAGGACAGAAAUACACCUGCCCCAAGAUCCCUGUCUAGUAACCGAUAUGAUACUGCAUCGCCUAACGGUGACGCACUGCCAGUCAGGCCAUCUCCCCCACGAUCCACUGGGUCUUCUUCCUCAUUGGCUGGUCUUACUCAUCAGGAACGUGUUGCUUCCGCUAAAGAGCGAGCUCAGAAACGUAUUGCCGAGCGCAUGGCAGCUGCUGGUCUCAAGCCAAGCUCUGAUGGAGGUGCAGAAACCCUUCUUGAACGCCAGGAACGUGAAAAGCGCGAGCGAGAAGAGAGGCGGAAGCGGGCGGAGGAGGAAGAUGCGAAGCGGGAGCAGGAGAGGCAACGUCGUAUUGCUGAAGAACAAAAUGGCCCACCUGUUAAAGCGGUUCCUACUGGCAAGAAACCUCCCCCACCUCCGUCGCGAAAGGGUAAGGCAGAUGGCAUUGCUCCUGCAGAAACGAAGAAAUCGGUCGAUGUGGACAAUCUUGCUCGAGAGAAGGCUGAAAAUGAGGCAAGGGAGCGGGCCCUGAGGGAGGAGCAGCAGGCUCAGGAAGCUGAGAGUCGCCGUUUAGAAGCGGAGGCCAGACAACAAGAAGAGGAACUGGCAAGGGAGCGGGAAGCUGCUCAGGCCCGUCUCAAGGCAUUGGAGGAGCAGGUUAGACAGGGCAAGAUUAAAAAGCAAGAGGAGAAACGGCGAAAACAGCUUGCUGAAAAGGAAGCUAAGGAGAAAGAGGCACGACUUGCUGCCCAGCGCGCUGAGCUUGAGGCCGCACAAGCUCGGGAGAGAGAGCUGCAGCGUCAACUGGAGGGUCUUGAUGAGGAGGAAUCGUCGGAUGAUGAAGGACCUAUCGAGAUUACUCCACAAAAUAGCACACCUACGCAGAGCGCUGUUCUCCCUUCAGUUACUACUACGACCGCAGCACCACCUCCGCCAGCUCCGCGACCAGCCACCCCACCAACAGCUCCGUUUGAACCAGAGCAAGCUCCUAAGGUGGCUGCACCUGCAAGCACUGCCCUUUCAAGUCCAGAAUCUGUCAAACAGCGUGCCGCGACUGACAACGAGUCGAGAAAUCCGUAUUUCCGCAAAUUGAGCCAGUCCGCAGACGUACAACCACUCCCUAGCUUCCAUACACCACCGGAACAAAUACCAGAUCCUCUUGCUGCAGCCGCAUCCGCACCCGCUCCUCCCAAGGCAGAAAUCCAAUCCACAAAUCCAUUCCACCGCCUGGCUCAGCAGCAGGAGAGCCAAAAAUCUGCCUUCGCGGCUGCACCGAUCCCCGGGCCUCUAGAGCGCAAAUCCCGCGUCCGACCUGAAGAUGACGAAUGGUCGGUCGCCGAAUCGGAAAACUCUUCCGAUGAUGAUGACGACAGACCAGCGGGCGGCAGCGCUAAACACCUAGCCAGCAUCCUCUUCGGCACCAUGGGUCCGCCACGCCCCCUCAGCGCGAUGGAGGAAAAACCGGAAUCUAAACCUGCUAUGGCUGUCCAGACAAGUCCCAUCGCGGCCCCGCCGCCACCUCCACCACCGGCCCCGCCCGUAGUAUCGGAGCCCCCACCACCAGCCCACCCUGACGAAGAUGCGGAAGAGGACGACGAAUUCGAUGAGAAUGACUUCCAAGACGCACCGUCAAUGCCUCCACCCCCACCCCCUCCCGCUCCCUUCACAGAUGCACCGCCCACCGCACCCCCUCCACCGCCACCAGUACCCAGCGCCGCCGCACCGCCUCCUCCCCCUCCACCACCCAUCGGUGCUGCACCAGGAGGGCCCCCGCCACCCCCGCCUCCUGCUGUGGGUGCACCGACUAUGCCAAUGGCAGCUGCACCCGGGGCACCUGCUGGGCGAGGGGCGUUGUUGGCGAGUAUCCAGGCUGGGAAGGGGUUGAGAAAGGUGGAGACUAAGGAUCGGAGUGCGGCAGCUGUUUCGGGGAGGAUUAUCUAGGGUUUUUGUUUUAGGAGAUCGUGAGAUGGGGAAGGGUGAAAUGGUUGUUUGGUAAGAUAUUUAUUGUCGUUGAUGGUAGUGCGUUUUGUGGAUUUUUUCUUUGUUUUGAAGCUGGUAAGAUUGUGCUAGGUAUGUUCGGGAUGGAUGGAUGUAUUUGAGAUUUUAGGGUAGGAUAUAGUAAUUUUUUGAUAUAUCUUGUUUAUCGCUUGAUUGAUGGUGUUUUCACUUUUGUCCUUUUAUACACAGCACCAACCAUCCGUCCGCUUAUUGGUGUAGCACAACCCACUAAACCCCCUUGCCAAAUAUCAAAGCCACUACCCGACAAUUCCCUAGUAGUUAUGGAGUAAUCUACUAGCCAGGAAAUCCAGCCGCUAGAUGUCGAUUUAUAUGGCUCCUGGGAGCAAUUUCUACCCACUUUCAGACCUCUUGCGCCUGGGUACCACGUAGGAAAAGUAGUAGGGAUUAAAGACCAGCUGGUUAUCCGUGGCAGCUAGAUAUUCAGACAGAGAGCGGUUUUGUUUUUUAAAUACGUUUACACAAGUAGAAUAGGGGAUGGCGGUUUAUGUCCCAAAACAAUCUAAAUAUUUUCUUACAACCAACUAUCGUUGAAUGAGACUGGGAAACAACAAGUAAUCAAUCAUGGAAGUUGGAAAAAGAAGGAAAAGAAGGAAAAGAAGGAAAACCAAACUAGAAAAAUUACCCAGACUUCAACUAAAAAGGGCCAGACAAAAGGAAAACGAUCCCCAGUUAAUUCGUAGAAACAACCUCCAUAACCACAUUCGCGACCGUAGUCACAGUCCACAACGCCACCAGCCCCCAGCCAAUCUUCCGAUCCAUCCACCACCCAUUCAACGGCACGACAAUCAGGAACAGCACAAGCGUCGCCAGCAACGUCGCCCCGCUUAUCAACAACGUCUUGGAUACUUCGAUUUCAUACGUGUUGGAACUGGUAGAUAGCGCCUGCGCAACAACCCCACUCCCCACAGCUACCGAUGACGAUUUCGCCGGGUGGAGCGUCAUGUACAGCCCGCCCACGCCAACGCCGAGAAGGAUAUUCAGCAUCGGCCCGCCGAAGCAGGCGCUCAGUGCCAUGACGGGGUAUCCUAGGCGCGCUACCGUGAUGUCGGCCACGAGGUCGCCGAGAGAGUUACCGACGGCGAAGAUGGUUAGGCCUAGGAGCGAGUCGCUGAUGCUGAGGAUGACGCCGAUGGUUUUGAGAAGGUUGACGACUUCGGAGGCUAGGGUGGAGAUCCAGGCGAUGGAGACGACGAAGCCGAGGAAGGCGAGGAAAGGGCGGGAGCGUUGGGGGAGUUGUUGCGUGGUGGUGCUGUCGGCGUCAGGGCCUGUGCUGAGGAAGAGGAUGGUGAGGAAGAUGCCAGAGAUGAGGAGGGCGACAAGGGAGGGGAUCAGGAGGUUUCGAAGGUGUAGGUCAGCGUCCAGUGUUGACCAGCCUGUUAGGGCUAUGAAGAAAGGGGCCACCAGGAGUUGGAGGCCUAGGAGCCAUCGGUUCCAUUCCUUGGGGGAUGAGGGUAUGUUCUGGUUCGGUAGCGUUGCUGGAACAGGAGCCUCGGAGUCCUGUCGACGCCGGCCUGUAGCUGUGAGAAGCGAGGCUCUUGUGCGGCGGCCAUCGUCGUCGUUGAAUUCUUCUACGUCCGGAGCUACUGACAUUCUCCACAUAUCGGACGUCUGACGGCUGAGGUGAGGAAGACCUGCGCCACUAUCCUGGGCACCGAUGCCAUUGAAUUCUGGUUCUGGAGGUGUCUCCGGCUCUGACUCCUUUGGUUCAACAACAGGAAGCGUUAUCGUUAGGAGCAACACGCUGGGCGCUGCAACGACUCCAAGGAGUUUUUCCCAAAUGGCUUUUCUUUUCCAGUCGUAUAAUGUUGGAAAUAAAGCCGUAGUUAUAGC